AUGCGCGAGAACGGCUUCGACUAUCCGCUGCAUCCGCUGCAGUGCCUGACCUGGGCCUUGUUCCCGGUCGUCCUCCUCGACUUCUACUGGCUGCUGCUGCCGCUGCUUCCCGGCGAGGCGACGCGCUGGGCUGUCGGGACGGUGUACACGGCCGCCGCGGCGACGACCUUCUUCUGUGCUUGGAUCACCGCGGCCGUCGACCCCCGCGACCCCAGCGUCGCCGCCGCGGCGCCGCCGGCAACGAAUCGCCUCGCCCGGUGUUGCGAGCCGCUGGCGCUGUGGCCGCCGCCGGUCGGCGAGGACACGUGCCGCUGCUACCUCUGCCAGGUCCACGUGUUCGCGUCGUCGAAGCACUGCCGGUUCUGCGACAAGUGCGUGCUUCGCUUCGACCAUCACUGCAAGUGGCUGAAUACGCGCGCGUCGGCGCGGCCGGGGCGCCUUCGUAUAUUCGUCCCGGGGGCGCGCCGGGGGAGAGUGGGGGCGCCCAGACGACGCCCGGGCGAUCAGGUGCGUCGGUGCCAAGAACUACGGCUACUUCCUCGCGGUGAUCGCGUCGACGUGCGUCUUCACGACGAUGCAGCUCGCGCUCUCCGUCUACGUGGUCGUCGAGCUGGCGGUGCCCGACCGCCGGCGCUCGGCCGUCGCCGCCCGCGCGCGCCGGCACGCCGUCGGCCGCGAGCGUGGCGUCGACGCGGUCCUGGCGCUCGUCUGCGCGUACGCCGCGCUGCUCGUCCCGCUCGUCGUAUUGAUCGGCCAGCUCGCCUUGUUUCACGCCAUGCUCGUCCGGAGGGGCCUCACGACCUACGAGUACAUCCUGGGCGAGCAGCGGGUCGACGAGCGCCCGUCGGCGCCCCCCAGGACCAUUUGUGAGCCGUGCGCCCCGCCGAUCCCGCCCGCCACGCCGGAGGAUUCUCCGGACCUCGUCGUCGUCGAGCGAGGACGCGGCGACGGCUCGCCGCGCCGCGCCGGCCCGGCGGGCGGCAGUCCUGCGCCGACCAGCGGAGACAUUGGCGCCGCCGGCGGUGUGUCGUCUACUAGUACUAUUUAAAUAAAUAAAUAACUCGGGG